AUGCCGGGGGGGGCAGGGGGGCACGCGGGACGGUCCCUGCUGCUGUGGCUGGGCGUGGCCAUACUGGGUCAUGCACUGGUGGCGCUCUUCGGUGUCCUCGAUCGCUGGUUGCAGGUCAAGCCUUCGCCGCCCCUGCCUGCCCUGCGGCUGGCGCUGCUGGUCAGCCUGCUGGCGCUGGUGAGCGCGGCGAUAGUGGAUGCUGCGGCGAGGGUAACAGGCGCGGUGCCGAGGGCGGGGCGGCUGCGACGGAGCGACCGCGAGCAGCAGUUUCUGCGGCGGCAGGGCAGCGGCAAGCCUGCGCCACCCAAGUGUUGUCGCAUCAGCGCCGAGGGCAGCACCUCGUGCCCCCAGCAAGCAGACAGUGGCCAGGUCGCAGAGGACAGUCACUUGGCUGCGCAGGCAGAUGAGGCCAGCGGGCAGCAGGCGGACGCAGGCGCAGCUGUCGGCACUGCCGCCGCCCCGGGCCCCUCCCCCUUCCAGCAGCCCUCCGCCCCCACCUGGCAUCGGCAGGACAGCACCUUUGUGCGGCGGCCCGGCCAGCCGCUGCCGCCGCGGCCGGAGCUGGCGCUGCAGCGGGGGCUGUCGCGCCGGGUGCGGGACCUGGGCGAGGGUCGGCCGCAGCUGGUGUACUGGGGCGCGCUCGCCGUCACCACCUCCCUCUGCAACAAGUGGCGGCACAAGCCGCCCGGCGGCGGCGCCACCAUCACCGCCGAGUGUCACGAGGUGGAGCUGCCGAGUCUGGAGGCGGGCGUGGUGGCGGCGCAGGAUGCCGACGUGUUCAUCGGCAUGCACGGCGCCAACAUGGCCAACUCCUGGCUCAUGCGGCCUGGCAGCAGCGCCAUUGAGAUCAGCCCCUACGAGUGA